CGCAGAGCCGAGCGGUAGCAAUGGAGAUGGAAUCGGCCGGUCCUAGUGCCAAGAGGGAGCAGCUAGCUGCACCGGACAAUGCGCCGCUUCCGGUGGUGGCGACUGGACAAGCGAGAAAUCUGGAACCCGCGGUCGCGGAGAGGAGCCAAGAGCCGCCGCCCGGAGCGGAGGAAGAUGAAGAAGAAUCGCUGGACCACAUCAGCCGCCUCCCCGACCACGUUCUCGGUGAGAUCAUCUCUCUCCUCACCAUUAUGGAAGGCACCCGCACGCAAAUCCUCGCGUCCCGGUGGCGCCACCUCUGGCGCGCCGCCCCUCUCAAUCUCGAUUUCUCUAGCCUCCCCGCCUCCAACAACAUGUUGCCGUCGCGAUGUGCCCUCGUCAGCGCCAUCCUCGCCGCCCACCAGGGCUCCGGCCGCCGCCUCUGCCUCCCCGCGCGCCACCUCCAGGGCCGAGCCGAUGCCGUGGACGUGGACGCCUGGCUCCGGUCCCACGCCCUCGACAAUCUCCAGGAGCUCGAGUUCUACUUCUGCUGCGCGAAACAUUGCGAUCCGGAGCUGGUUAUAGAGGCGCUGCUACCGCCGCCGGCGUCCAUCUUCCGGUUCUCGUCCACUCUCCGCGCUGCAACCAUCAGCAACUGCUACCUCGUGGACGACACGGUCGAAACGCUUCGCUUUCCCCACCUCCGGAAGCUUGCACUCAUGUGCGUCAAAAUCUCGGAGGUCUCACUGCACAAGAUCAUCUCGGGUUGUCCUGGCCUGGAGUGCUUGCUGCUUAGUACUAUUUCGAGCAUCCGUUGUCACCGGAUUAACUCUGCUACCCUUAGAACCAUUGGCAUUCGUUCUAGCUCAGAGCAACUGGUCAUCGAGGAUGCUCCGAUGCUUGAAAGGCUGCUCUAUCUUGAAAUGAAUAUGCAAAUGCAAAUCUUGGUUAUCUCCGCGCCUAAACUCGAGACAUUGGGCUGUAUUCCUGAAAAGUAUACGGACUCCAAAAUCGUGUUUGGUUCCACGGUUAUCCAGGGAUUGCGUAUCGAUAGCUUGGCAACGGUGGUGCGUACCGUGAAGAUCUUAUCAAUCCAUAUGCUAUUUUUCGAUCAAGAUAUGGUUAUUGACUUGAUGAGAUGCUUUCCAUGCUUGGAAAAGUUGUAUGCGGAGGAGAAAAGUAUGCCAUGGGAUGGAAAUCCAUGGCAUCGUAAAAACUGGGAUCUUCUCACAUCUCUUGACUUCCGUUUGAAGACAAUAGUGCUGAGAUGUUACCAUGGAACCCGGUUACAAGCUCACUUUGCGACAUUCUUCGUGCAGAACGCGAGAAUGCUAGAGUCAAUGAUACUUGAGGUCGAAUCCUGCGAUUACAACGGGGACUUUUUUGAGAAACAACAUGAGAUGCUCCAGAUGGAAAAUAGGGCAUCUAGAGGUGCUCGGCUCUCCUUUACAACAGGCUAUCACCAUGAUGUUUCAGGUAUCAUGCAUGUUGACGAUUUGGAUUUGGUCGAUCCCUUCGCUUGUAGGUGUUGAAGAAUGGGUUUGGCGAUUGUGGAGCGAGUUAUUCUCGCCUUUCUCGUUUCCUAUUUUGGCGAAAGUUGUCGAUUUGUUCUAGUGUCUGUAAGCGUUUCUAAGUCUAUUAUUCCAAACUCCGCUGAUAUUCAGUUCAAGCUAUUUGUGGUGCAUGCAAAAUCACACUUAAUAUUUUAGGAAUAGAUAGGAAAUGGCUGGUGUUAGCUAUAUUAAAGAAUAAAGAAGAUAGCUUUUCGA